GGAAGCCGUCAUCAUCUCGUGAGGUCUUGUGAGCAAGAUCUGGGCAAGAUGCAUCUUCCCGCAUGAGAGAUCUCCUUCCCCUGGUUGCACAGCUGUUGUCGCUUCAGAAGACCAUCUGCGCACCUGCACUCCGUCACUCCCUGCCCUGCUUCAUCCCCUCAUUGUCCAUCCCGUCAAGGCUCCUCCACCAGCCCUCAUCCCUCAGCCGCUCACGCAUUGUGAUGGACCCCUCGGAGACCCAUCUGGCCACGGCAGCGGUGGGCGAUAUCGAAGAUAUCGCCGCCGAUGCAGAGGCCACCAUGGCGCGAGGGAGAUGGCGAACAGUCAUGAAGGGGCUGCUCAAGACGGCCUACUCAUCUGCCGUGAUGCAGGAGGCUGCUGCUGAAGAGGACAAGGGCAAGAAGCGGAGAAGGGCCAAGCCUCGGGAGGCGACGUCAGCUGCUGAUGGCGACGACGAGAAGUCACCAGCUGCCCCAAAGAAGAAGCAGAGGAAGAACACAAAAGGGCAGAAGAUGGCCUUAGAGGAGGAGGAGGGAGAUGGCGAGGGUGAAGCUGUGGCGGGAAAGAGAAAGAGGUCGCGGUCGAGAGCGGCGGCCAAGGGUAACGCGCCUGAUGUGGGGCUGGUGAGGGAGGUGACGUCUGUGCUGGAGCAGACACACGGGAUGGUGGUCAAGGAGGAGAAUGUUAGCAACGCAUGCGGACACAAGAGGGAGGUCCUCGAUGCAGCUGUGGUCAGUCUAAGACACACACACGGCAUGGCAUGCACACCUUAACGUCUCGCCUGUUUGUCUGUCAUGUAGGCGUUGGUGCUGAGCCAGAACACCUCCAACAAGAACUCCUCCCGUGCCUUGGCUUCUCUCCGUGCCAAGUAUCCCUCGUUCGCCGCCAUCCGCACUGCGCCUGCAAAGGAAGUCGAGGAGACCAUACAGGCGGUAAGGUAGUACGACAGACAGACAGCUAAUGUCAUUCGUGUUUCGUGGCCCUAUAUAUGUGCAGGGUGGCCUUGCUACGGUCAAGACGAAGCGCAUCCAGGCCCUCCUGCAGGGCAUCUAUGACAGGCAUGGCGCCUGCUCACUGGAGCACUUGAGGGACAUGACGACCGAGGCCGCCAAGGAGGAGCUGGCCACCUACACCGGGAUCGGCCCCAAGAGCAUCGCAUGCCUUCUCAUGGUACGGGGCAGGCGAAAUGGCUGACUGGUAACGAUCGCAUUGUCUGUGCGUGGCCAUCAUCAUGUGUGUGCAUGCAAUGCAGUUCACGCUGCAUCGCCCCGAGUUCGCAGUGGACACCCACGUCCAUCGGCUGUGCAACCGCAUAUUCGACACCGAGACCAAGACGGCUGACCACACGUACCGCCUCAUGAACAGCGUCGUCCCCGAUGACCAGAAACACGACCUCCAUGUGCUGCUCAUCCGCCACGGCCGGCGAGUGUGUCGGGCCAUCAACCCCCAGUGCCAUUCGUGCCCCCUGGCCGAGACCCGCUGUGCGUACUUCCGCAAGAAACAAGCAGGGAAUGGUGAGGGGGUCGAGGCCGAGAUUGAGGGUGGGGAGGAGGGGGCAGGUGCGGCUGAUAGAGGGGAGGAUGGUGAAGAGGUUCGGGCAGAUGCGAACGAGUGAGUCAGUUGACGGCAGCAGUGGGAACGAAUUAAUCGGGAGUAUGCAGCAAUCUUGAAGUGUGUAUAGUAAGUACAUGCUGUGCGCGGUGGACGGACGUAUGGAUUCCUGCAGGCUUUUUGAUAUGACCUGCAUGCCAUGCGUUGUGGAUAGCUUAGCGUUCAUGGGUGACGCGGCUGCCGAACACCAAGUGAACGGGCGGCACCAAUCCAUUCAACUUGUUUGAGUGGUGUACUCGUUAAC